AUGGCCACGAUAUUCAAGCUCAUAUUCUACGUCCCACAAAGCCACAUCGAAGUUUGCAAAGCUGCCAUCUUUGCGGCUGGAGCUGGUCGCUACCCCAACAGCUCCUAUACAGAAUGUUGCUGGACGGCGUUGGGCACCGGACAGUUUCGCCCGGUGAGCGGAGCCAACCCGCACAUCGGACAAGUCGAUAAGCUGGAGACUGUGCCGGAAGUGCGUGUUGAGGCGCCGUGUGUGGGACAGGAAGUGGCAAGGAAGGCUGUCGAGGCGCUGAAGAAGGCUCAUCCGUAUGAAGAACCGGCAUAUGAGGUGUACAGGCUUGAAGAUUUCUAA